AUGAGUAACCAUGAUGAUGACGACAUCAUGGAGGAGCCGGAGAAGGACAGCCUGCUGGACGCCCCGCCGGAGACACAAGUUCUGUCGGGGCCCAGUAGUGGCACAAGACCUAAGAACGAUGGAGGAAUCCGACCUGUGGAGAAAAGAGGACCUUACAUCAUGUCCAGAGCUCCAGCAAUCCACCUCAAACUACAGAAAAAUAGGGAGAUGGCGAGGAAGGCACAGAAGAAAGCCCUUUCACCAGGACCGGUGAUGCAUCAGCCUCGACAAGGAGCUAAGAGGACGGUGAAAUAUAACAAGGGCUAUGCUGCUUUAAGUCAGCACGCUGAGGACAGUUUGGUUGCACUGGACACAGACAGUGAUGAAGAGAUUGAUUUUGAGCAGUAUUCCUCAGGAUACUCUUCAGCUGAGGUUCAUCCUGAUUUAAGCAAGCAGCUGCUUCAGGAUGGCUACCGCCUGGACGAGAUCCCCGAUGAUGAGGACCUGGACCUGAUUCCACCCAAAGCGAUGGGCUCCUCUGUGUGCUGCUGCUCCGAGGGCCCGUCCUGCUCUAUGCAGUGAUGCCGGCAAAGUGACUCAAACUUUUAUAAGGUCUGGCUCCAGUUCCUGUUCCUGACUUUUGUUACUGCUGCCUGAGGCCUUCUUUCUGAACCAGCUUCACUGCGGUGCUGCCUAAAGGACUUCCAGCCGUGAAGUCAAACUUCUGUUCAUGCAGGACUGCCUGCACCGAGACCACUCGACCCAUAUGACAACACAAGGAACAAAAGAACAAGCCUUAUCCACUGUGACCCAAAGUUUUGUGUAUUUUCUUAUUUCUAUUAUUUCUUUUUAUAGAGCCACAUGAAACGUUUAUUAAGCCACCUGUCCAAAUAGAGCGGUAGUGUAAACAAUAGUUUGGGAUACAUUGUGUCCUUUUUGACCCAAUGCAGAGAUGAUUACUUUGUCCUGCAUUGGUGAACAGGUCUGCAGCCCUCUCAGCAUGACAUGCACACAUUGAGUUUUAAUGUAACGGCUGUGUGGCAGUUAUAAAAGUAACUUCAAUGUGAAGACAUCUCAAUUAACUGUUGACUUAGCCUGACUAGUGUUUCAUUAACUGGCUGUUUCUGAUAUUUUAUUUUCGGUUUUUAUACUUUAUCCAUCUCAGAAGUGAUGUUUAGCUUUAAUUCCAAUAACAUAACACUGAAUUGAAAUGGGAUAGACAGUACAGUUUGCAUUGGAUUAGACCAGAUUUUAUAGUGGAUGUGAAAGCACGUUGUUAUCACAAACGGGGCUGAGAUAAACCUAGAGCGGGAUUAGUUUCUACCUGUUCCAUAUUUUUUUUACAUUUUGUCUUAAAAGACAGAAGAGCUCUUUACAUUUCACAUGUUCUCAUUGGGCAAACUGCUGCAUACUAAGAAGGACACACACAUGCUCUGGUCUGUAGACGUUUCACUACAGAAAAAGAAAAAAGAAAAAUAGUUUUUCAAACUAGUCAACAGUAUAAAAGUAAUACCCACACCGACUGCGCUGCGCUGUGCAGAAAAUGUAAGAAGAUGAUACUGAAGAGCUUUGAUAGAUGACCAAUGAGAUGUCGAUUCCAUUGGAUUUAACAAAUCUUUGUAUCACAGAUUUAAGUUACAUUCCAGAUAACAAUGUUUGUCAAUUUUACGAAAUCUUUUCAAAGAGAUUAUAGACACUAAAGCAAAUUAUAGGAUAGAUUUCAACACAAGUCAGCUUAUGACAUUUGUUACUGUGGUUAUAUGUAUUUGCUUUUAGUUUAAGUUGGCUUCUUCAUUUUAUAUAUAUAUAUAUAAUCUCUGGGAAUUGGGGUUAAUAAGAAGUUAAAUUAUACAUGUUUAUUGAGUGUUUUUUAUUUUUUUCCCCAAGAUUAAUCUGCAUAUUUUGGACAAGAAACUCUAUCCAUAAUCAGACAUGACUCUUCAAAAAGGAUGCCUCCUUUGACUAAACAGCGCAUUAUAUGAUAGAUAAAAGUUACGUUAUAUUUAUUUAUUACUAAUUUAUUGGUUGUUAUUUUUGGACACCAAAAAAAAGUUGUUACAGGUUGAAAACAGUACAUCUGAUUAAAAAUUUGACUGAGGAUUAUGUCUAACAUCUAUGAGCCACAUUUAUAGGCAUCAUUUUCACAUUGUUCUGUUUUUCCCAAAAAUGGCAGCCCCUAGUCUGAAGGAAAGGUAAAAAUGUAUUUGUAUCACUUUAUUAUAGGAUGAAUCUGUUCACGUGUUUACUCCCUGGAAUAUAGUUUACUAUUAUUUGAUGGUGUUAGUUUGAACUGCAUUAACAAAUGAAGUUCAGCAACAGAGCAAGUGACAGUGAUCACUAUCAGAAGAUGUGUUUGUGUUAAAUGAGUGCAACUAGAAAGUAACAUUCCCUUCAAUGGUAUUUAAGUGAAUUCAAAUGUACACAUGUGUAAGGGCAUAGAGGUUUUAAGGCAAGAUAAAGGUAUGGCUGUUGUACUUAUGUGCAGACCACCCUUUUAUUUUAUGCUGUGAUGUUAAUUGUUACAAGGCAUAACUCAUUUACACAGAAAGUGAUAUUUCAGACCACUUGACCUACGCUUAACAGUAACAAACUGGAAACAGUGACAUUUGGUUAAGUCAGACUGUUGAUUUGUACUUCACAGAGUCAGGAUUAAGUCACAGAAAUGUUCUACUUUUAACACAAGUGAUGCAUAAACUCUCCUCUCAGCACUCCAUGGUUGUAUUUAGGAGAUUUAGGAAGAAACUCUGAUUUCCUACAAAAACUGACGCACUAUGUUCGAGUCACUUGAAUUAGUGUAAGGUAAAUGCUUUAAAUGUAACAGCUGGAUUUAAAGUGUGUUGACUCCA